AGAGAGAGAGAGAGAGAGAAUAAGAGAGAGAAAAAAACUGGGAAAACAGAAAAAACAGAAAGUUGUAAAAAACAAACAAUGGUGGAGGAGAUCCUCUAAUAUCAUCUAGCAAAGUAUCAUUCUUUUGUUACUCUAGCAAAUAAUAUUAAUAAAAAAAUCCCAUUAUCAUUUUUUUGCUGCCUUUUCUUUUUUCUGUUCGAGUCUCUCCAUCCAUCCACCCAACCCCCUACCAGCCCACAUUGCAUUUCAUUCUCUUGAAGGAUGUUUGGUAUCAAAAUUGCAAUAUUGCCCUUAACAACAGCAGCACUAAGGCACCCUUUCUGACCCUCUUGUAUGCUACAUUUUAUUGGUGUGGAGAUUUAGAGGAAGAUUAUAGCCUGCUAAGCCAGGUUAUGUGGUCUUUCAUGAAAAGGGUGUAGAGAGUUUUUUAAAACACAAAGAUGAGGGACACUGACAUGAUCAAAUGAAACCUGGCGAUUAUUGUUGCUACCUCCACUGCCAACUUUGGUUCAUCAAGCAAUGAGGGGCAGAUGGAACUCAAUUGGAUUCCGAAUUUUGUUCCUCUUGGUUUUGACUCUUAGUCUUGAAAAUCAAUGCUCCUGGUCGCUUAAUGAUGAGGGAUCGGUUUUGUUGAAAUUCCGGGCAAGAGUGGAUUUCGAUCCUUUUGGUGCCCUUGCAAAUUGGAAUCCCAACGAUAUUGAUCCUUGCUCAUGGUCUGGUGUUCAUUGCGUCGCGGGAAAGGUGCAAAUACUGGAUCUGAGCGGACUUUCUUUGCAAGGGACAUUGGCGCCAGAGCUUGGCAAACUUGUUAACUUAAGAUCUCUUGUACUCUACCGAAACCAUUUCACUGGUACCAUUCCUAAAGAGAUUGGAGAGCUCAGAAAGCUAGAGCUACUGGACCUAAGGAACAAUAACUUCAGUGGAGCAAUUCCAGAAGAAAUAGGAAGAUUACUAUCAUUAAAAUACUUGUUGCUUAGAGACAAUAAAUUUGGGGGAAGCAUUCCUCCGGAGAUCAGGAGGCUUAACCUGCUUUAUGAAUUGCAAUUUGAUGGAAAUCUUGCAUCUGGUUCUACUACUGGAGUUAGCUGUGUCAAUAGAAAACUUGGACAUGGCACGUGGUGGAGCAGCUUCAACCAAUUGAAUGGAGCGAAUUCAUUCAUAUUCCCAAUAAAAGGAGCCUUUAUGCAUUACUUGAAUUCCUUCAUGCUGCAACCGUUCAAGCUUGGGAAGGAUGCUCUGCAUGGUUUUGGAGAAAAUUGCUUCAAUGAACCAGAUAGAUCAUCAGAGCAAGGCACAGUUCAAAAUGUAGAGAUUGUUGUCAAUUUUGAACGUCGCAGACUACUUGAACAGUCCAGUAACCUCCAAGCUGCACCUGCUAGUGGUGGGUCUUCCUCUCAACCAAUUAUUGCUCUUCCAACCACGCGAAGUAGUGGGUCUUUCCCUGCAAUACCAAAUGCAAAGAAGCAUCAAGCUCAAUCUCCUGUGUCAUUGGAUUCACCUGUCAGUCCUCCGCCCAGAGGGACUGAGCAUUCAAGUCAUUCUUCUGAAAAACCAUCUAUAGAUCAAACUCCAACGAAUGGAACUUCUGGAAAUACAUGGAUGUAUUUCCUAAUAAUUCCAAUUGCAGGGGUCUUGGGCAUUGUUGCAGUAGGCUUGCUGUUAAUGUGCAGGAAACAAGUAGUGACGACCAUAGGUCCAUGGAAGACUGGUCUAAGUGGACAGUUGCAGAAAGCAUUUGUUACAGGGGUUCCCAAGCUAAAUCGAUCAGAGCUGGAAACUGCCUGUGAGGAUUUCAGCAAUAUCAUUGAUACUUUUAAUGGUUUCACUGCGUACAAGGGAACACUGUCUAGUGGAGUUGAGAUUUCUGUUGCAUCAACUGCAGUGACUUCUUCCAAAGACUGGUCAAAGAGUGCAGAGAUGGCAUACCGUAAAAAGAUUGAAACACUAUCACGAAUUAAUCAUAAGAACUUUGUAAACCUUAUUGGCUACUGUGAGGAGGAUGAACCGUUCAAUAGGAUGAUGGUUUUUGAAUAUGCUCCAAAUGGAUCUCUCUUUGAGCAUCUGCAUGUUGAAGAAAUGGAACAUCUUGACUGGAAUACAAGGUUGAGGAUUAUUAUGGGAGUUGCUUAUUGCCUGCAAUAUAUGCACCAUGAUCUGAAUCCACCUAUAGUGCAUUCUAAACUUUGUUCACGCGCUAUCUUCUUAACAGAUGACUAUGCCGCUAAGAUUGCAGAGAUCUGUUUCUUGCCUCAAGCUACAUCAAACUCAAAAAUUUCUGGGGAAAUGGAGGAUUCACUGCCGCCCCAUGUUGAUUUAGAAACAAACGUCUACUGUUUUGGGGUUUUGUUGCUUGAAGUCAUUUCCGGGAAGCUCUCAUACUCGGAAGAACAAGGGCACCUUGAAAAUUGGGCUGCUGAAUAUUUGAAUGACAAGCGGAGCAUCGGCUACAUGAUUGAUCCAAGCCUUAAGUCUUUCAAAAACAAUGAGCUUGAUGUCAUCUGUGAGGUUAUUCAACAAUGUAUCCAAUCAGAUCCAAGGCACAGACCAACAAUGAAGGAGAUCACCUCCAAAUUGAAGGAAGUGAUUUCUAUCUCGCCUGAUCAAGCAACCCCAAGACUUUCUCCCCUUUGGUGGGCUGAGCUUGAGAUAUUAUCUGUGGAGGCAACUUAAGGCUCUCUGACUCUUGUCGAGCAGGAAUCAAGUCUCUCUCAUACUUUUAUGUGAAAAUACAAAAGUUAGCUUUUCGGUCGGUGCUACCCCAAAAUCAUCAAAUACCACCAAUCUUUGGCUUUCCCAUCCCUUUGGUUUUUAGUCCCGUUAUUGUAUUCUUGUAAUAUGAUUCAUUCGAAUCGUUAUCUUUUCACCAUUUCUCCCUAGUAUUGCUCAUUACUACAAGACUGUGAUAUACUGUUUCAUUCGUGGGGUAUUGAGCCCCAAUUAUAUGUAUUUCAUGAUUGACUUUUGUGUUGUAAAACACCAACAUAGCACUGGGAUUUUAGUCCUUGUGAAUAUAUUAAAAGUGAGUUUGUUUUAUUAA